AUGGGCGCCAAGCCCAAGGCUCGUGGCCUAGGUGGAUCGUACGAAUACCUGCUGCCGUGGCUGGGGGAAGGAUUACUGGUCAGCAACGGUGACAGAUGGGCGCGGUCACGUCGGCUUCUCACCCCAGCUUUCCAUUUUGACAUCCUUCGUCCAUACGUCGACAUUUACAAUGAGGCAUCAGACCUUCUGUUGGACAAAAUGGCGUCGGAUGUGAAGAAAGGCCGGAGUUUCGAGCUCUUUGGUAACAUCAGCAUGUGUACUCUGGACAUUAUACUUAGAUGUGCUUUCUCUUACGAGAAUGACUGCCAGGUUAAGGGGGAAACGCACCCGUACGUUGUGGCUGUCAAUGAACUGUCCGAAACACUUCUGCAUCGAACAAGGAUACCGUUACUGCAUCCAGACUUCAUAUUUUAUCUGACGUCAGAAGGCCGACGCUUCCGGCGGAACUGCAAUUUCGUUCACUCUGUGACUGAAGAAAUCAUCGCCAAACGGAAACAAACAUUGAAGGAAAAGAAGUUUCAGCCGAAGCCUCGCUAUCUCGACUUUCUUGAUAUUUUACUGAGUGCAAGGGAUGAAACUGGACAAGGACUUUCUGACGCCGAGAUACGGGAUGAAGCAGACACCUUUCUGUUUGAGGGACACGAUACUACAGCUAGUGGAAUCACGUGGACAUUGUUCGCCCUUGCUGGUCAUCCUCAUUUUCAGGCCAAGGUCAAGGGAGAGAUUGAUGACGUCAGCAAAGGGAGAAAGUGUAAGGACAUUCAAUGGGAAGACCUUCCAAAGCUUCAGUACCUAACACAGUGUAUCAAAGAAGGUAUGAGACUUCACAGCCCUGUUCCCUUUAUACAAAGACGACUCAAAAAGGAAAUUGAAAUGCCAGACUGUACUCUCCCAGGUGGCGCUCUCGUCACUUUACAUCUGUAUAACCUGCAUCACAACCCUCAUGUUUGGACCGAUCCGGAUACAUACGACCCGGAACGGUUUAAUCCGGAUACGGUCCGGGAGUUAGACACGUACAGUUUUAUUCCCUUUUCAGCUGGAUCGAGAAAUUGUAUUGGACAACAUUUUGCAAUGAACGAGGAAAAGGUUGUCAUCGCAAGAAUCCUACAGAGAUACACACUAGCGCUCGACCCAAAACACACAGUACAGAAGAAAUUUAGUGCUGUACUGAGAUCUGAACACGGAAUUCACGUCACCAUCACGCCAAGGGAGGACACAGCUACAGACAAUCAAUAAUUACGUAGUGACGUCAUAUAUCAACUAACAACUUGGGGUGCUAUUAAUAUUUUUUGAUCAAACUGGACUCUAAUAAUGACAGUUAAACAAACGGAUCGAAAAUGCAUAACGUACUAUUUUACUCUUAAGGAAGCGAUAUCACACUACAUGUAACAGCGACAUCGAUGAUCAGUAAUACAAAUAUUUCAGAGUAUGGCUUCAUCCGUAAACGUACAAAAUGUAACACCCAAUUACGCUGUAUACGGGCCUUAUACAAACGAUUGUUACGUUUAUGUCGUGUACAAAUUGGCCCUUCAUAACGAAACGUAACUUUUAAUCGGGCCGCUUUAAAGCGUCUUUGGGUAAUAAAGGUAAUGGCUCGAGCGUGUUCUCGCGGUUUCAUUUGCAGAACAUACGCGAUAACGCGAGUGUAGCAGCCGUAUCCGAUUGUCAUCCCGAGCGGUCGAUAAACAAUGUGUGGCACUUUGCGGACUCUCGGACGUCGAUGCAGUUUUUCUCAGAUGAUUUAAUGCAACCACAUUUUUGUGCCAUUUGGCGCUGCGACACUCCCGCAUGGAACAUGGUGUAAUUGACCAGUCAAUGGUGUAACUGACCAGUUAAUGGUGUAAUUGACCAGUCAAUGGUGUAAUUGAUCAGACAAUGGUAUAAUUGACAAGUCAAUAGUGUCAUUGACCAGUCAGUAGUGUCUUUGACCAG